AGCUCCCGGUGCUUUCUACGGCAUUCUUUGGGCGUGAGUCAUGCAGGUUUGCAGCCAGCCCCAAAGUGGGUGUAGACGCAGCGGAGGGCUAUAAAUACGGGCGCCUCGCGGUGCCGUGCGCGCGGCGUGGCCAGGAGGAGCGCGGGGCAGCGGUGACCGAGGCGUGCUGGGAUUCCAGAAGUGGAGGAGGAGGCAAGAUGAAGACUCUCCUGCUGUUGGUGGGGCUGCUGCUCAGCUGGGAGAGUGGCCGGGCAAUCUCGGACAAAGAGCUCCAGGAAAUGUCCACCGAGGGGAGUAAGUAUGUGAAUAAAGAAAUUAAAAAUGCCCUCAAGGAGGUGAAACAGAUAAAGACCCAAAUAGAACAAACCAAUGAAGAGCGCAAAUUACUGCUCAGCUCCCUAGAGGAAGCCAAGAAGAAGAAAGAGGAUGCCCUGAAUGACACCAGAGAUUCUGAAAACAAGCUGAAGGCGUCCCAGGGGGUGUGCAAUGAGACCAUGAUGGCCCUCUGGGAGGAAUGUAAGCCCUGCCUGAAACAGACCUGCAUGAAGUUCUACGCACGUGUGUGCAGAAGCGGCUCGGGACUGGUUGGCCAUCAGCUCGAGGAGUUCCUAAACCAGAGCUCCCCCUUCUACUUCUGGAUCAACGGUGACCGCAUUGACUCCCUGAUGGAGAACGACCGGCAGCAGAGCCACGUGAUGGACGUCAUGGAGGACAGCUUCACCCGGGCGUCCAGCAUCAUGGACGAGCUCUUCCAGGACCGGUUCUUCCCCCGGAGGCCCCAGGACACUCAGUACUACUCCCCCUUCAGCUCGUUCCCCAGGGGGUCGCUCUUCUUCAAUCCCAAGUCUCGCUUUGCUCGGAACGUGAUGCCUUUCCCCUUAUUGGAACCCAUCAACUUCCACGAUGUGUUUCAGCCCUUCUACGACAUGAUCUACCAGGCCCAGCAGGCCAUGGACGCCCACCUGCGCAGGUCUCCCUACCAAUUCCCCAUGGAGGAGUUCACAGCAAACAACGACCGCACUGUGUGUAAGGAGAUCCGCCACAACUCCACGGGAUGCCUGCGGAUGAAGGACCAGUGCGAGAAGUGCAAGGAGAUCCUGGAAGUGGACUGUUCAACCAGCGACCCGAGUCAGACGCUGCUGCGCCAGCAGCUGAACGCGUCCCUGCAGCUGGCGGAGAAGUUCAGCAGGCUCUACGACCAGCUGCUCCAGUCCUACCAGCAGAAGAUGCUCAACACGUCGGCCCUGCUCAAGCAGCUGAACGAGCAGUUCACCUGGGUGUCCCAGCUGGCCAACCUCACGCAGGGCGACGACCAGUACUAUCUGCAGGUCUCCACGGUGAAUUCCCACAACUCCGACCCCAGCAUCCCAUCUGGCCUCACCAAGGUGGUCGUGAAACUCUUCAACUCCUUCCCCAUCACGGUGAUGGUCCCUCAGGAAGUCUCCAGUCCUCACUUCAUGGAGAACGUGGCGGAGAAAGCGCUGCAGCAGUACCGCCGGAAGAGCCUGGAGGAGUGAGGCCUGAAAAUUGCUUUUGCAAGUAUGGGGGCGUCUGCACCCAUUGCCCCUGAGAUGAGCUUCAGGCCCCUUUAGAGAGCUCUGCACGUCGCCAGAUGACCAGUCCCUGGCUUCAAGGUCCUCCUGACCCCACCAGCCUCUCCUUCCUCUGAACUCCUCUGAAACGCACUAAUGCCUGCGUUUGCCGAUCACGGGAAGAACUUGCUCGCAUGCCACUAACUCAAUAAACUGCCUUGUAAUCUGAA